AUGUUUGGCACCAAAUUCGCGUCCAUACAUACGGGACAGUCAUACCUACCAGUGCUCAUGACCGCGCUCUGUUACGGACCCCACUUUCCAUUUACUAAUAUAUCGCAAAUUAUUACACAACGUCUAUACGAGGCAUCACUUUUGCAGCGCUGGAUAAAUUGUUUUUUAAAUGAGUCCAUUAAUAGUGCGCACCCUACGUAUAGUGCGCCCAUAUAUACCCAGGUAUAG